CACAGGCCUAGUAGCAUCAGCAUUGCACCCCUUCCAUGCACAGGUACAACAACUACUCCAGAAGUUAGUAAUCAACGGAUAUAAUAUUUGGGUUAUCCUCUUGUUUAUUAAUCAAUCAAUUAUACAAGUCUAUCAGCCAUGAUCGCACAAGAUUACUAAUUGGUGGGUCAUUUGUACGGGGCUUAAGUUACCUGGUAGGUAUUUAUCUGUCAAGCGGGGUACUUAGGAGGUGACGGAGCUCAGACGAUUACAUUUCACCUUUGCCAUGCAACCUUUUAUUACACAAGUCGGCACCGAGAACUUUGAAUAUGAAUACCAAGACUUGGGUGAUAGUCGGCGCAUCUCAAGGGAUCGGCUUGGAGCUUGUCAAGCAGUUGCUAGAAGCUGGUCACCACGUGGUUGCAGCAGUGCGUAAUGUGGCUGCUGCUCCGAAACUAUUCCACUUGAUUGCUUCACAAAAAGCACAAUACAGAUGCACAGUUGUGCAAUGCGACAUAUCAAGUGAUGAAAGCAUUACUGCUUUCGUCAGUGACAUCCGGAACUAUAUAAACGAUAGCAUAAAGUUGGGCAAUGUUAUACUUAAUGCGGGAGUAUUGAAGUAUCCUAACCGGGCCACUGAAGUGUCCUUCUCUGACUUUGCUCUCCAUCUGCAUACCAACACCAUCGGGCCAAUAAUUUGCGCACAGAAGCUUCUCAGUCUUCAUCCUGAUUUUCUGCCACAGAAAAUCAUCUUUAUCUCGUCUGAUUCCGGGUCGACAACGAGCUUCCUAGACUUUGAGGAUGGCUUCGGGGCCUACGCCGCGAGCAAGUGCGCGCUUAAUCAGAUGCUACGACACAUGGCGGCAGAAUUAAAACGAUCGCCUGACCAGAAAAAGCGUGAUAUUACUGUCUUAGCACUUCAUCCCGGAGAAGUUGAAACGGAUAUGGCGGAUAUUGAACUGAGCUGGGAAGUGAAAGGGUCGAUUAGCCCUUCUGAAAGUGUGACCGGUAUGUUAAAGGUGAUAGAGGAAAAGGGGAAAGAUGAUACUGGUACUUUUUGGUGCUGGGAUGGAAGGAGUCAUCCAUGGUGAAUACUAAGGGGCAAUCCGUAAAUCGACGAGUCUGUUCGCCCAGACCAAUCGUCAGGUCUUGUAAUCGGUUUCCCCGCCCCCCCGGUCAUAGUAAUAACACUUUUGUGUAUAUUGUCAAGAGCACUAGAGCAAGGUUGGGAAGAAACAAUACUGUCAGAAAAUGUAAAUAAUCAUCUGCCCGCAAU